AUGGAGAAGAAUGUUACUAAUGAUGUUGGUGUUGUGACGAACGAAGAAAAUCGAGGACGAGAGGAGAUUCGUCAAGGUGCAAGCAAGGGUCAAGGUAAGUCUAAGAACAUGUGGAGAUCCUUAGAUAAGAGACUUUCUGAGAUGGAGACUUCCUUAGAGACGUUGCGCGAUCAGGUUGAAGAUGCACACCAACAAAUGGGGGUGAUGACAUCGGAUAAUGAUGAGAUGCAAGACAACGUGAGCAAUCAACAAACUUGGUGGGGACUUAUGCAAGGAGAUGUGUGGAUUACAAGAGAUGCUCCUUGGUGA